GUCAUUUAGACAGUUCUUCAGCUGAAAGAGGAAAAGUGAACACGCCGAAUUGUGCGCUGAGAUAAUUAUUAUGAAAUUGAUAACAUAGCCCCUGAAUAAAAUUGUUACAUAAAUAUUAGCCAUUGAAAAUGAACUCUGUAUUGAGAAACAGGUGUGGUGCGUUGUGUCGUGCUUUCAGUACUUCGGUGGUGAAAAAAUGUGCCGUGCCCCCGGUACCACCCAAGAAACCGUAUCGUAUCACCUCAGCUAUAACAUGGAAAUCCAUGACAGCAACCGCUCUCAUAGGCGGAGGAUUGACUGCUUUCAUGAUGUACGUCAGACAUGAGAAACAAGAAGCCUUGGAUCGUGAAAGAAAGCGACAACUUGGGAAGGCAAAGAUUGGAGGCACAUUUGAGUUGGUUAACACAGAGGGUAAACUAGUGAAAAGCACAGAUUUCUUGGGUAAAUGGCUGUUAAUUUAUUUUGGAUUCACUCACUGUCCUGAUGUUUGCCCUGAUGAGUUGGAAAAGUUAGCAGAAGUUGUUAAUAUGCAUGAUAGUAAUCCAAAGCUCCCGCCAGUACAGCCUAUCUUCAUUUCUGUAGAUCCUCAGAGAGAUACACCAGAAAUUGUUGGAAAAUACUGCAAGGAGUUUUCUCCACGCUUCCUGGGCUUGACAGGCAGUAAAGACCAGGUUCAGCAAGCAUGCAAGUCAUAUCGCGUCUACUUCAGUGCGGGACCACAGGAUGUUGAUAAUGAUUACAUUGUGGACCACACUAUUAUUAUUUAUCUUGUCAACCCCGAUGGUGAGUUUGUUGACUACUACGGACAGAACAGGAACGCUCAAGAGAUCCACAGUUCAAUGCUUGUCAACAUCAAGAAAUACGAAGAUUCCAAGAAAAGUGGUUGGUUUUAAUUCGCAUUUAUGUAGAAAAGUAGAAUAUAGAUCCAAAGUAUUUUUAUUUAAGUGAAAUAAAACUAUUGUUACUUA